UGCUACAGUCUGCCGUGUUGGAACAGUGAAGAGGAAGAACGAUGUGCUGAGAUAGGCAGGGAUGGUGGAAGGGUACGGUCAUGUGGAGUAGGAGAAAACAGAGGCACAGACAUCGGAAUGCCACAAGCUGUCUCACUGCUGACUUUUCUGCUGGCGCUCAUGGGAUACGCUUUGGCAGGGCUCAAUAUCUGGCCCUCCUUCCACGUUGCCCUUAGCAACGCCAGCGUAUUUGUGGACUUCAGCACAAAAUCCAAUCGCAGUUCCAAUUGCAACACGAGUCUGUCUCUGAUCAACACAGAAACCAACACCAGCCUCUUCACCAGGACUCUCCCUAACGACCACACUGUGGGUCGGGUGGAGUUCAACUGUUCAUGCUUCCUGUAUGCAGGAACUUUCCGGUUCCUGCUGAGGCAGACCAGCAUCACUGCUGUUUCUCAUAGAAAUGGGACAAAUGGCGGUAGUAGGGAGAGCACAACCUGGUGGUGGAGUUCAGAACUGCAGGUGCAGUGGCCCACCUUUCACAUCGCUGUAGAGAGGGCUGGAAACCACUCAGGAUCUUUUCAGGUCAGGAUAUCCACCAAUGAGUACUUUCAGGCUUGUUCCAGCGGCCUGGACUCUGCUCUCUUCCUAGAAGUCAAUUAUAUGGAAUACAACCAGAUUGGGCGAAACAGCAUCAACAAAGUCCGAGCCCGCACACGACAUCCAAUUAAACCUGUCCGUUCCCAGAGCAUUGAGCUGUCAUGUGCCUUCCCCUUCACAGAAAAGGACUUCAUACAAGUGGCUCUACGGUCUCCUCAUACAACACAGGAAGUGAAGAGCGCUGGGCCUCUCUACUUGUCCCGUAUCUUUUCCUAUAAGCUACUGGUGGAAAAUGCCAACAUUUAUAAGAGUGGUUGUGAAGGGACUAUGACUGUGAAGCUUGUAACCCCACCGUGUGCACACAUUGAUGGGAAAGUUUUGCUGUAUAAGGAUGCUGGUGCUGGAAGAGGGGUUGCGGUUUCCACUGGGAUGGGAGCAGGAGGAACAGCACUGAUGGGGUUCAGACCAGAGGAACCGUCUUCUCCUCAUUUGGCCUUUAACUGGCUGACUCGGGGGGAGAAUGAGACAGAAUUCAACUGCUCUGUGUUUUACCCAGGGAGGAAUAAAUACUGCUUCCGUUUUGUUUUCAACUACAGUAGCUCCCCUAGUCCAGCACAGACCUGUUUGGUGGUUCACAGGAGUGCAGACUCAUGGGGCCCCUGGCAGCCAUGGAGUGUAUGUAGUGUGAGCUGUGGAGAAGGGAUGAGGGAACGGGUGCGGGAGUGUUUGAUGCCAUCAGGUGUGGGAGAGAUGCACUGCACUGUCAAGGAGAAGGAACAGUCCCUCUGUUCACUGGAGGAGUGUAUCGUGAUGCCAGUUCCUUCUCCAUCCCUCCCUCCUGUUCUUGUUGGAGUUGCACCCCUGGGUGGUAACAUGGUUGUGGUGGUUGGUAUAUCACUUUGUCUGGCUGCGAUUCUGGCCACUAUUGUGGUAACGGUGUGGAGAAAGCUUUGCCAGACCCCUCAGUGCAGCUCUGUCCGCAGAGGGUCCAUGCAUUCCCCUGGUGGACGCAAACUUUCUGAUGAGGCCUCCAUUUGUGGGCACAGCCUCCAAAGACCUAGCCUGUCUGACAGCCAUAGCCCACCAGUGGGCAUGAGUGUGGGUGUGGCCCAAAAUGGCAUGCCUUCCCUGGGCAGUCAGCCUCUCCCACAGACCCUGGUGAUUCCUCUCUCACAUGACCCAGAAAGGCUGUCUCCCACAGGUCUGAAGAUGUUGCCACCCAUAUUUGGGUACCGGUUAGCUCAGCAGCAGUUAAAAGAAAUGAAGAAGAAGGGGUUAAAGGAGGCCACACAGAUGUACCAUGUUUCUUCAAGCCCAGUCCAUGACACCUUGGGAGAGACAUCCGCUUCCCCCACCAACUCCCCCGUUCCCACACCAACUGGAUUUGCUCAAUCAGCGUUACCUUUGGGCCUCCAAGGCGACACCGAUCAUAGCCAUUUACACGUUGCAGUUUCCUUUUCAGAGUUGCCAACACAGACCUCUAGGAUCACACCAGAUAGACUGAGUCCAAGAGUGGAGCUGGUCUUAGGCCCUCCCAUUUCUGGACAUGCAAGUCGGGGUAGCUCAAAAUGGCUUGACCGCACUGCUGACUGGGUGGAGAUGGUAGAGAGGAGCGGGUUAUCAGGAAUGGGAAAUUCAUAUCAUAAGAAUCCAAAUUUCCGCCGGACCUCCAGUUUUAAUGACACUAAACCCCAGUUUCCAUCUUCUGCACACUCCAGACACUUCAGAGAAAGGAGCAUGACUCAGGUGGGAUCUCGGACUCUUCCUGAAGGAAGCUGUUGGACCAAAGGAGUGAGGGAGAGGCAGCCGUACUGCUCUUACCCCAUUCCAGAGCAUGGGGCCUCAGAAUGGGCUAAAUCCGGACCCCAGAGAAAUGACCAGAGGAGGCCCUGGAUAGAGACAGCUGUUCCUUCUCUUAACACUGAACUCAAACACACAGGAACCAACACAAACAUCACCUUUGAAAAAAAUGCUAAAGCCAACCUCAAUGGAACUAGGGAAAGGCAAAGGGGUGGUGAGACAGGAGGUAGAGGUGGAGAGGGAAUCUCAGGGAUUGGGGGUCCAGCCACGGUGACUUCCAGUUCUCGUGGAAUGAACCAGCUGAGUGUGGAUCGGGCAGAACGGGCUGAGCAGAACUGGAACCGCCGCGGCCCAUCACCUAUACAGAGGAACAUCCUGGCCCGGAAAUUAAAGGAGGCUCAGUCCUUUUCCGCAGUCAAAGGGCGUCAGCGCAGCUCCACCUUCAGUACGUCAUCCUCGGAGCAGAGGAAAGGUCGCUGCCACUCUCUGCCAAUGUCUGGAGACUACAACAACAGUGACGGCUCUCCUUUCAGGCUGAGUGAGGCAGAGCAGAGGAUGUUGGACCUAGAUCUGCCCUCACCAUAAUAGAGGAUUAGAUGAGACAGGUUUGUAAUACCACACAAUGGAGGAACUGUUAUUGCCAUAUGCAUACAGUAUAUUCCUAACUUAAACCCUCUCCACUACAGCUCUGACAUUAAACAAUACACAGGUAUCAGAGAGGUUGGUUAGAGAUUUAGGGAGUUUGCACAUCUGUGGGAAGGAAAGUAAAAAUAAAGAAAAGAUGUUCAAGUUAAUUCAAUUUAUAAAAAAUGUUUUUCUAUUGCAUUUUUAAUUGUACUUAUUUUAAUAUUCAAUAUAAUAUUUCAAUAUAGGCAUUAUAAUUGAACAUACUUUUGUCCAGUUUGUCAGAAUUUUGCUUUUUUCACUGUAUACAACCUUGUAUACAGUAACUAGUGUACAGUAUUUGCUAUAUUAACUCAUAUUUAACAUGUCUGUAAGCACUGUAAAACACAGGAUCUAUCAUUAUUCAAAACACCACAAAAAGAGGUUAAUCUUAUUAUUGUACACUACUAAAUGUGCUGUUUUUACCAUGCUGUGAAAUCAUACUGUGCUGUAGUGAGACAUAGUUUACUGUUAAGGGACAAUUUGAAUGUGUCAUUCAGACAAAAAUCCCUCCUUUGAGAACGAGUGUGAUCCAAGCAAUGUUGAGCAUUUUCAUGUGUUUCAUGUUUUCUGUUGUGUCUUGUUGCGAUGCUUGAGGGCAGUCACCUAUGAACAACGAGACACUGUGGCUGAGAUGCAAUUUGUUUUAUUGUUUGAGUAAUAUCAUACAUUUUAAUGAUAUCAAGUGCCUACUGGAAAACAGGAGUCACUGUACUUUUGAUAACUGUCUCAGAUAAUGAAGUAAAGGGAGACAUUAAAAUAUAAAGAAUUGAAACAUGC